GCUCGGUGUUGGCGCUCGCCUCUGCGCUGGUGUUUUGGGGUGCAUUGCUGGUGCGACGGCCCCACGAGUUGCGGCCGGAGGAGAUUAUCCCCUUGCACGGGGAAUGUCGACUUUCUGUGCCUUGGACUGAUCCCUCCCGCGCAGAUCGCUACCGCGAUAGGCUCCGUUCGGAUCUGCAUCGCACAGGUUCUGAUGAUAUGCCUGAAGGCGACUGGCUGGGCGUCUAUGUUUACACUCCACACUAUCGGCCGGUGUCACUUGCCAUACGCUUGUUGGAGCAUGAGACGGCAGCUGACGUGCGCGACAUUGUUCAACAUGCUUCUCCAGGUGUUCCUGAAGGUCUGUUUGAUUCGGUUGUUCCUGUCUGCCCACAGCGUUACUCCGGAUACCUCACUAUGCUGCGGUUUCCCAGUCACAUCAGAGGUAUUCAGGAUGGAUAUGCCGCGGUCAUGCUAGACUUGGGGCGUGUUGGCGGGACGUACUUCGCUACCGUGCUUCCGAAAUCCCUGAGUUAUGCUGAACUGAUUGGAUACAUCGGUCCUUUGACAUCAUGUGAUGACAACGACAUAUUUCUGUAUGUGGGAUUCCGGACCAACCCGUUGCCUGCAACAGCUAUUGUCACAUUGCGUGAUGGGGAAGUGAUAGUUGCAGUUCGGGAACGCACUGCCAGGGUGCCUCAUAUUUGGCCAAAUGAGGUGCUUAACAGGCCCUUUGGAGCCAUGGAGCACUUUUUCCCAGUUGAGACGCACGAAGCCACAUGCGUCUUGUAUGGUCAACAGCGUUUUACGGUGUGCCAACAUUAUCACUACGGGCAAACUCUCGUACAACAUGUUGCUCAAUUCUUGGGAUUGCGCGCCACCCGCUCUUUGAUGUGCACAUUCCCUAUUGACGACCUUGAUGUGCAGGGGUUCCUAUGUCCCACUGUUGUUGCUGUCGCAGAUGUCCCACCAGGCGUUCAAGCUGACCCCGCCCCGGAAAGGCGGGACAUCUUUGUGCUGUGCGACUUGCGCCCACUGGGGUCUAAACCGCGAUUUGUGCACACUCAUGUCCGUUCCUUGCACCUGCCAAGCUUGCUUUCCAAUUUCGAAGUUGUGAUGCCUCCGCAUUUGCAUGUGGCGGUCCUGGGAGGCGUCCUGACAGGUAGCAGUAUUCGGGUUACAGGUAGCUGCACUCUGCUCUUUUAUCCUGAGGAAAAUACACCAGAUGACUCCUCCGGAUCCAGCUCCAUCCCAGAUCUCCCUCCAUGGGAGCGCGCAGAUGAGGACCUUCCCGCUGCAGCUCCUUUAGGCGGUGGUGCUCCCAUGCAGGUUGAUGAGGACGGAGUAGCUGCUGCCGAGCUUGAGUCAAUUUUGCCCGAUAGUGUAUUGGAUGCUCCACAGAUUGACCCUACUUUGCCUCCUGGGCACAGCUGGAACGCUACUUCAGCCCCCGGGGAACAUGUUUGGGAGCCUGGUGACGAACUUGGAUUUGAAGAUGAUGACCCAGAGCUUGCUGAGUGCCCGCAGGUUGUAGGUAUAUUAGUUGUUGACCCGCCUGGGACCACCGAGGCACCAGCUCAGGCGUUAGCUGCCGCUCAUCCUAAUGAUGGCGCGGAGUCCUUUGUAACAGCCUUCAUCUUCACUCCAGAUUUUGCACCUGAGAUAGUCCGGGUUCGGCUCCAGUUUCCUUGCAGUGCAAACCAGGCCGUCCGUAGCGUCGAAGCAGCCCGAGAUGAAGGGCCCGUGUGGCGCUUCUCUAAUCUUCACCCUGUAAGCCCUCAGCCCUUCCUGGAACACUUCCUGCUUGUGGCGAAACCGUGUUGGCCUUGUGCCCAGGUGCCGGUGUUGUUUGAUUGUAGCCGGGUGAAUCAGACGGUGUUUUGUGCUGCUGUGCACAGCCCCAUUAAUCGUGAGUCGCUACUUUUAGCUGCUGGGCUGGCCAUAGACAGUGACGUGGUUGUUUUCGUACACAGCCUUUUGCACCCUGUCACACCUGGGCAAGUUAUUAGCCUCGUUCCUGGGAUGCUCAUCUCUGUAGCUCCAUGCCCUGCCCGAACGCCAGCGACUUAUGACAUUCAGGAGCGCUUCAUGUCCGCUGACGGGUGGAAUGCAGACGCGGAUGUCCCAGGCCGAGGCGCCUAUCCGGGCCAGUUCUUCUGGGUGCUUACCGACGCACAGCCUUUUACGUUUGAAGUAGGCCCCGGUCGUAGAGCCCACUUCAGACUCGACCUUGUCAGUAGACUGCAGGCCAACGAAGCGCGUUUGUCUAUUCGUGCCUCCAAACCUCGCAUUAUUGAUUUCUUCCACCGAGGCCUUCUUGCUAGCGGGGUCAUCUUGGCAACGGAGACCCUCUCUCGUGUGCCAUACCCACCAGCCCGCCACCGUGAAGAACGUUCUGUCGUGUUCUUGGAUUGCAGGCCUGUCCUUCUCGGGAUGAGAUGGUUUCUGGCUUCCCUGCCUUCAAUUGACCUCAAGGACGUUGUGGACAUGUUCCAAGAGCUUUGCCCUCCCAGUUUCAAGGUGUCUGUAUCUGGUGCUCCGACAUUCCCGUUUGGGCCCGACACGCUCCUUACUGUGUACAAUGGCAUUGUUCUCACAAUUGCGUUUGUUGCUGACGUGCCUUCGGAUGGAAAUUCUGAUGCCCCGGCUCCCGAUGACUGGCCUCCCCCGACAGGAGACGAGGAUGACGACUCUUUCCAGCCACCCGACCAUGACUUGGAUAUUGAAGUCUCCAACCCUCGUCGCAAUAAUGAUAGAAGCCGCUCUCCCAGAGGAGCUCCUGUCCCGAGUACAGGGGGUACAGCUUGCGCUAUUACCGCGGCCGACCACGUGAAUGACCGGUCUCGGAUUUUGCGCUUAGAUCCAGGUCAUUUCCAGGUUGUUCUCCCCCCUGAGGGCCUAGUUCAUGCUUUUACGUCUGGCCUUACGCAGGCGGGCACACUUGGAUACCCCGACCGCUCUGCCCAUGGCCUUCUUGGGGCGAGUGUUAUCCAUACCGAGGUUUUGUCCGCCCUGGCUAGGGUUUGCCAGUUCAACCUUGGCCCCCGGGCAGCCAGGCUGCUGGCUGAGAACCUUGUGUCUGGGUCCAGUGCAAGCGACGCCGUCUUGGCAGCCCGAGAAGCUACCCUCCGCCUCGGAGAACCUUGGCCGUUGGAUGCUGGACAAAAUUUGCCAGCAAUGAUCAUGCAGGCAGACUCAGAUGCCGACUCUGAUGAUGAUAUGGCAUCAAUGCCGUUUCUGACUGAGGAGGCUCUGGAUGUCCUCGCGUGUCCUUUCGCCGUCUACUUGUUCAUCGGCCUUCUGCUGGUCCCCGGAGCUGUCGCUGUCCAGCUGCCUCCUCUUGCAGGUCCGGCUGCCUCUUGCACCAGAGUCUAUGAGGCCGCUGCCCUUACUGCUGGUACCGUUUGCGCCGGCAGGGUGACCUUCUCAGAUGGUAUACCGGCACGGCCGUUGCCGACCCCUUGCCGUGCUUCCAACGCUGUGCAUAUUGAUGCCCCCCACGACUUGCGAAGGUGGGACGUUGACGGCUGCACCGUGCUGGAGCAGUCGCUCCGUCGAGAUGAUACCUGCUUUUUUGAGGCGAGCAUCUUGCUCGAGGCACUGACUGAUCACUUUCAACACCGACGUGACCGCACUGUGGGACGAGGCCGCACCACACUUGCUUUGUGUGAGCUGGUUCAUUUUCCCGAUGACGCCGAAUGCCCUCAGCAAAAUUCGGCUUCGGUGCCUGUGUUCGCAUUGGACGGUCGCCAGUGUCUACUCCCUUGCUCCAAGGCUGACCUUGAUGAGCUCACACGGCCUUGCUCGUUUGCGGAUCUGCAGGGGCCUCCUGAUGAUGUGUCUGGCUGGCAGCGCUUCGACCUUUGGCUUCGGGACGGCGUGGUUGGUCUGACGCCCUGUGCGGAAGAUGUUUUGGUGCUAACUUCAGACGGGUCCUAUUGCAAUCGCACAGGCCAAGCUGGCUGGGCCGUUAGCCUCAGUGUCGUCUCUGCCUCCGAUCUCUGUCUUCCGGGCAUCUUUAUAGGGUGCUAUUUCGGCAGUCUGGAAGAUGUCAGGACACACUUUCCCAAUGCAGAUGCUUCGUUGGGUCCUCUGGAUGCCUACCUUGCAGAAGUUUGCGGGCUCUUGUGGGCAGCUGUUGCUGCUCUGCAACUACCUUUCGCUGGCGCCCUUUUGUUUCGGGCGGACAAUAUUUCUGCCCUUGAUGGUGUUGCAGGUCAUGCGUAUAUGAAAGACCACCCACUUUGCACAGUCGCCCGAAACUUCUUCAUUGCUCUGCGCAGUCUGUCCGAUCGGGCAGUUCACUACCAACAUGUUCUCGGGCAUGCCGGGGAUGCGUCCAAUGAGCUGGCCGAUGGCCUCGCGGGGUUGGGUGCCAGAGGACGCAGCUCUACUUUCCCGUUUUGCCUUAGCCUCGAUACUUGGAUGGCGCAAGGAGGCGGCGUCAGCGCGUGGCUUCCUCAAUUAUGCCUGUCCCGUUGCCGGCAGGAGGAGUUUCCCCAACUUCAGCAUGACCUUCUGUCCUGGCAUGGUGACACCCUGCAAGUCACUCCCGGAGCUGAUGUCAUGGCUCCUUUCUUGAGAGCACUUCCCCAUGCGGACGCUGGCACUCCAGUCAGCCAGCCAACAUGCAGUGUAGAUGCACGGCUAGUCACCUACAAUGUGCUGUCGCUUCUUGGGGACGUGCGCUCUGCACAGGCGUCCGGGUUACACGGAGCUGUUGGACGUGCAACCUUGCUGGCCACUACUCUUGAGGCUCGCGCGGUCCACUUAGCAGGUUUUCAGGAAUGCAGGACUCCGCCGGGCACAUAUCGCUGCAGGUCCUUCCGUCGUUUUUCCUCUGGCUGCGAUGCAAACUCAUGCUUCGGUGUCGAGCUAUGGAUUUCCGAGAAGGGUCCUUUUCGGACUGAUACCGUCGCUGUCUUGCAUAGCGAGGCUACGGCGCUCAUCGCGAAUGUCCUCUUCCGCGAUUCCCCCAUUUGUGUACUGGUCGGCCAUGCCCCUCACCGCGCCCAUCCUGAGCCCGUGCGCGUUGGGUGGUGGGAUCGGAUCAGCCAGUUAUGUAGGGCUCUUGGAGGGGGUAAGCCGUGGCUUUUCCUCGUCGACGGUAAUUGUCGAUUAGGAUCCCUCCCUAGUGAUGUGGUUGGAGAUUUCCAAGCCGACCCUGAGGAUGCGUCAGGAGAGGCCUUUCACGCCCUCUUGGCUGAUGUCUGCAGCUGGGUACCUUCCACAUUUAGUCACACAAUGCAAGGUGAAGGCGGCACUUUGUGCUUGCAUCGCAAUGGAGAGUUCGUUCGGUCUGACUAUAUUGGGGUGCCUGCACACUGGAAGUCUGGGCAGGUUCUUUCAUGGGUGGAUCCGGGUAUUACCACUGGCCAUGUUUGUAUCGAUCACCUUGCGUCUUGUGUAGUUGUGCAGCUUCGCUUUGCCUCUGCCCACAGGAUUAACAAAGCGAAGCGCAUUGACAGCGCAGCUGUGGCACAUCCGGAUAACGCCGCCCAGGUCCGGUCAGUCAUUCAGUCUGCUCCACGAGUUGGAUGGGAGGUUGAUGUAAGUGAGCAUGCCGCGGCUCUGGUUGAUCACCUCUACUCUGGCUUGGUUGAGCUUUUUCCUGCCCGUGCUCGAGGGCUCCGGGAGUCUUAUCUUUCUGAUGCCUCUCGGGAGUUGCACAAAUUGGUGGGUACUCUUCGACACAGAGUUCGCUCACGCAAAACAGCGCUUCGCUGGACGCUCCUCAGGUGCUCGCUUGAUGCGUGGCGUUCGGGCACCGCUACAUUUCUUGAUCUCUAUACCGGCAGGUGGCUCUGGGAGCUGCGACAUCGCCUUGCGCUCUCGUGCAUGUUGCUGCAUCGGGCCGGUGGAGCGCUUCGUCGACAGUGCCGAGUUGAUAGGGCCGCGUAUUUCGAUGGUGUUGCAGACAGCAUUCAGCACAGCUCUCGAGGCGGAUUGCAUCAUGCAGUCAAGAGAGUCCUCCGUCCCAAGCGCUUCCGUAAGGCCUCAGCUGACCCUUUGCCGCUGUUAUACGAUAAGCACGGAGCGGUUUGCGAAUCCGCAGCGGCUGCUCAGGACGCUUGGCGGGAGCACUUCAGCGCGCUGGAGGACGGCGUCACUACAACACCUCAAGAGCUUGCCGACUCCUGUCGGCGGUGGCAUGACCGCUUCGAGGGCACUGACACCAUUGAGAUUCAAGAUGUCCCCACCAUACAUGUCCUCGAGAAGGCGUUUCGUACCACUUCCGCCCAAAAAGCUUGUGGCCCUGACCUUCUUCCCCCGGCAAUAUGUCAUUGCUUCAGCUCGGAGAUGGCCCAGGCUUUCUGGCCUAUGAUGCUCAAGACCGUCUUUCGCGCUUCGGAAGCGGUAGGCCUAAAAGGUGGUCUGUUGCAUCAUAUCCCUAAACCGAACCCAGCGCUUCAGCAUCACUGCGCUGGACACAGAGGCAUUCUUGUGCAAUCAUGUAUCUCCAAAGCUGUACAUCGGUCCAUGCGGGGACUGGCCACAGCCCAGUGGCUCCCGCACGCUCUCCCUGUUCAGCUAGGAGGACGUAAAGGCUGUUCCGCGCACUUUGGACAUUUCUGCACGCGUGCAUUCCUCUACAGUGUCCGCGCACAGAGUUGCUCAGCAGCGGUACUGUUCGUUGAUCUUGCUGCCGCAUAUUACAGCGUCGUCCGGGAGACCAUUUUAGGACCUCAGCUCGGCGAUAGGAGCGUAUGUUCUAUCGCUGCCUCCCUUGGGCUUUCAGCUCCGGACCUGCAGAUGAUGCAAGCCCAUAUUGCAGAGCACCCUGUCCUCCAGGAGCAGUCAGCUGCACCCCUCUUUGUAGAACUGGCGCGAGAGUUGCAUAGUCAUACAUGGUUUGUGUUGACUAAUGACAACACGCUAGUUCGUACCCACCGUGGAACCCGACCGGGUGGAGCAUUAGCGGACGUAGUCUUUAACCUAGGGUCUUGA